UUGAAAUAAUAAAAAGAUAAAACUAAUUUCUCGCCUCCAGCCUGUUCUUCUCUGUCUGUCUUUGGACCGUUUUGGGACAUUUUGUUACAUGAGGAUGUUUUUUUGAAUCCUCGUCUGUUGCUUAAUGGUCCUAAUUUCAUUGAUUCCUUCACUUUUCUGCCUGUUAUUGAUCAGAAGGACUGAUUAAUUGAUAACUGUUUGUACUUUCAGGUCUAACUGUUUGCUGCUCCCCGACAGACGGUUUGAAUCAACAUGUUUCUCACUGUCAAACAAACCUUGAACUACACACAGAAGCAGAAUGUGACCUGUUGGAGGUCUGCCAAUCCCAUCAUGCACCUGAACACACACACACACACACACACAGAGUUAAUCUGUCCUAUUAGCGAGCAGUCAUUUGUCUCUGUUUCAGGGAUUCCUGAUGGGAUUAACAGACACUUCGAUCCACCUCUCUCUCUGUUGUCUUUGUCCUCUGAGUUCCCGGUUUGUUCUCCAUCGUUUUGGUUCUUAUAUUUGACUUUGGAAACCAGCAGCUGUGACCUUUGACCUCUUUUGCAGCCUGGAGAUAAAUUAAAGACAGAAAAUGUAAAUAAUUGUGUUUCUUAUUGUCUUAACUUUUGGGAUUUUGCAGUUUUCUUCAAGAACAUUUGAAGAUGAAGAAACUAUAAAGACGUAUUCACGUACAAACAGAAGGAUUAAAAGAGGCCAAACAGGAGGGUCAAAUAAAACGAGAAGAUGAAAAGAGACGAGACGAAGCUGACGAGAAAACAAAUAGUGAGAUUACAACAGAAGAAUCUACCGGGACGCGGCGUGACCGAGGCAUGAGACUGGUAUCACACACGUCUUCAUCCGGACGACAAACACAUCGACACGGCUGCAACUCGCAGAUGAGGUAACCAUGGGCGAGACCUGCAUCACGCUGGAGAACGGCGACUGCGAGGCAUCGCGGCAGACCAGUGACAUCACCUUCAGCACAAACAUAAGCCCCGCCCCCACCCUGAGGAAGAAGCAGCUGCUGUGGCAAAAAGCCGUCAGAAACAUCAUCGACCAGCACAACCUGUACUCGCUGCGGCUCGCCGGAGGCCUGGAGAGGGGGAGGCACCGCAUCAUCCUCACUGACGCCUACAUCGCUGACAUCAACAG